AAAAUGCUGAAAAGUAAUUCUAGAAAUUACCAUCUACUCAAAGUGCGUCGCAAGAUGGAUUCAAUAAAGGAUAUGUCAGCACCGCUAAUAGUGGUGUCGAACCGGCUGCCAUUCGUUCUAAAUAGGAAGGAGAACGGCCAACUGGAGCGCAAGCAGAGCGCUGGUGGUUUGGUGACAGCGGUGGCUCCGGUGGUGAUCGAGUGCAAGGGCCUGUGGAUCGGGUGGUCCGGGCUGCACGACAUCGAGCCAGGCACGCCCAUCCCUGAGGCCGACCCUGCCGACAAGGCUCCCACGUCCGGACUGCUUUCCAGUCAGGUUCGUUCAACAAAUAACACAUUAUUUCCUAAAAUAUUCAAGUAUUCAACUCGUUACUCAUUAUUUACAUUAUUCACUAAUUCAUUGUAUUGUCAAAUGAAUUUACAUUCAUCCCUUAUUGAAUUUUUAUUAAAGGCCUACCUGCGAGUAAACGAAGAGUUUGCAAGAUGCACAAUAGCAGCUUUGAGAAAAAUAGUUGCUGAACUUGAUGCAGAAGGCAAAGACAAUGUGGCUCCUGUCAUCUGGAUCCAUGAUUACCAGCUUUUCACAGUUGCUACUAGUGUGCGACAGGCGGUUGAAGAAGAAAAUUUGCGCUGUAAGCUGGGAUUUUUCCUCCACAUUCCAUUCCCAUCGUGGGAUAUUAUGCGAUUGUUUCCAUGGGAUGAUGAAAUACUUCAAGGAAUCUUAGCAUGCGACUUUGUGGGCUUCCACAUCAGCGACUACUGCCUGAACUUCAUCGACUGCUGCUGCCGACGCCUGGGCUGCAGAGUGGACCGCAACAACAUGCUGGUCGAGCUGGCAGGCCGCACCGUCCAUGUCAAGCCUCUGCCCAUCGGCAUCCCCUUCGACCGAUUCGUACGCCUCGCCGAAACGGCGCCCGUCUUCAUUAAGGACACCGACAAGGUCAAAGUCAUUCUCGGCGUUGACAGGCUCGACUACACCAAAGGUAACACCAUAGUAUUUUUGAAUUGUAUCAAUGGAAAAUUUUCAAGGCCAAACUGGUCUCCAAUCCGUUACAUCUAUGGCUGUUUGAACCAGGAGCAGUUGGCGGCGCUUUACCGUGACUCGGCCAUCGCGCUGGUCACACCGCUGCGUGAUGGCAUGAAUCUCGUCGCCAAAGAGUACGUCGCCUGUCAGAUCAAGGAGCCAGGAGUGCUGAUCCUCUCCCCUUUCGCCGGCGCCGGCGAGAUGAUGCACGAGGCUCUGCUCGUCAAUCCCUACGAGAUCAACGAUGCAGCCGAUGUUCUGCAUCGCGCCCUGCAAAUGCCCCUCGAGGAGCGCGAACUUCGCAUGACGCAGCUGCGCAACCGCGAACAGCUGCUCAACGUCAACUACUGGAUGAACUCGUUCCUCUCAUCGAUGGGAGCGCUGGUGGAGGACGAAGAGAGCGACCCGCUCACUAACAAAAUGCUCCCACUCAAGCUAGAAGACUUCGACAACUAUCUCAUCAAUCAUAUUGACGACGUGUGUAAACUCAGCCUUAUACUGGACUAUGAUGGCACUCUCGCUACUCUCACCUCACAUCCCGACCUGGCAGUCAUGUCUCAAGAGACUAGGAGAGUACUGGCAAGAUUAAGUAACAUGCCUGAUGUGAACAUCGCCAUCAUUUCAGGUCGUAGUCUUGAGAACGUGAGCAACAUGGUUAACAUUGAAAAUGUGACGUAUGCAGGCAGUCAUGGCUUGGAAAUCCUACAUCCAGAUGGAACCAAGUUCAUUCACCCGGUGCCCUCGGAAAACGCUGAGAACCUGCGUGAGCUGAUGCGCCUGCUCCAAGAUGAGGUGUGUCAUGAUGGGGCCUGGGUGGAGAACAAGGGUGUUCUUCUGACAUUUCAUUACCGCGAGACACCGGCUCACUUGAGAGACGAUAUUGUGAGGAAAGCAUCCGAAAUAUUUGUCAGAGCCGGAUUUGAGCCUCAUAAGGCUCACAUGGCAAUUGAAGCCAAGCCUCCCGUGAAAUGGGAUCAAGGACGAGCUUCGAUACACAUACUGCGCACAAUGUAUGGCGUGGAUUGGUCGGAGCGAGUGCGAAUCAUCUACGCUGGAAACGAAGAUGCCAUGCUGGCCCUACAAGGAAUCGCCUGCACAUUCCGCGUUGAUUCAUCACCGACUGUCAAAACUGCCGCUGAUUUUCGAUUGGCCGACCCAGACUCUGUGCUCACUAUGCUCAAAUGGAUCGAGAAGCAAAUGAACAAGAGAGCGCCACGAAUAGUUCGGUCGCCACGUCUCAACAGAUCUCCAAAAAUCAACAAGAAAAACUCGCAAACCUUGGUGCACUCCCAGAUGAGCUUUGAAGAGGAAGAUGACAGCAAACAGACCAUCCGAGUACGAGUCAAUAGCAUUCCAGUUAUGGCUAGAUAUUAGUAGUCCAUAAUAUGAUAAUUAUUCUUCUCAAUUUGCCAAUCAAAAUACUAUAUUUUUACUAGUCUUUAACCAUUCCAAAACCAUGACACGAGUACAAAUAGCAUGAUCAUUAUGUUUAUGAUAUUAUAUUGAAAAAAAUGUAUAGAAGUAUAUUUCAUAAUAGGGAGUCAAUUGAAUUCUUAAAAUAAAAGAAAUCUUCAUCCUAAAUAAUCGUUCACAAAGCCAUUCCUAUUCCAAGUUUUUAUGUUUUAAUUUUUGAGAUUGGAUGAAAAUAGUCUUUAAGCGAUCGUAAAGCAUUUAAUAUUGAGUUGAUAAAUGACUGAAUAGGAAUUAAAACUUAUUGAAAAUGUAAUCUCAAUUGAAUGAUUCUUGUUUCGCGAGAAUUUAACUUAAAACAGUGUUUGUAUUAUAGUUUUAAGUUGAAAAUGUGUGUGUUGAAUAAAAAGAUUCAUGUGAUAUUUUCAUUAA